AUGGAUCUAAUAAUUUGAUAACUUCUUUAAAUUUGGAUUCUUUAAUGCAUGAGGAUACUUCUCAAGAUCCCGAUGCUCCAUUUUUCCGGUCACUUAACGGUAAUUCUCUCGACAAUUAUCCUGGCAGAAAUUUGCGUGUAACAAAAGAAAUAAAGAAAAUUCCAUUUAGAAAUACAAUAGAAUCUUCUGAAGCAAAAUGUGGUGGUAACAGUCCACGUACUAACUGUGUACGUUUGAGCAUAGAAUGUACCUAUGAACAGCAUCAGAAAAAACGUGGACCAAAGCCAAUGCCCUCUUAUGUUAAAACUAAAGUAGAAUGCAAUUAUGGAUCACAAGUUAUACGUGGACCAAAUUCCAACAUUAUAACUAAAAUAACAACCAACAAUGAUAAAUUUCGUAGUCCAUAUAUUUCAACGGCAUGCUUCUACUGUGUACGUUCUAAAGCAAAAUGUUCUGUAGGUAUACAAUGUGAUAGGUGUAUCUCAAAAGAGCGUGUAUGA